CUUAACUCGGCUCGGCUGUGUCGCGUUCAGUCGGGUCAGCGAAGCGCUGUAGCUGCCUGCCGACCCUGUUUUGCUGACCCGCGGAGGAGAAAUGGCAGCUCCUUGAUUUCACCCCUAACAUCAGUGAUUAUAACGGGUCUGAACAUCGCUAUCUGCGUGUGAAAGAUUGGUGUUCACACAGCUGUGUGUCGCUUCUUUUAACGAAGGAAAUUUUCGCCCGAAGCCGUGGGGGAGCCCGGGCCUGUGUCGCUUAUGAAGUCCUGUUCCAGAAACCUCAUCUAGAAGAAGGAAGCACCCACCCACACACACACAUGGUCCAGGCUCCUUCCCUUCAGUUGAUUGAAUGAGUAACAAACAGCAUCACACCUGAGAGCACUGAGCCGGACCGGGCAGCCGACAGGGGAGUCAGCCAUCAUGGCGGAUGUGGACCCAGACACCUUGCUGGAGUGGCUGCAGAUGGGCCAGGGUGACGAGCGGGACAUGCAGCUCAUUGCCCUGGAACAGCUGUGCAUGCUGCUGCUCAUGUCAGACAAUGUGGACCGCUGCUUUGAGACAUGUCCUCCUCGGACAUUCCUACCAGCACUCUGUAAGAUCUUCCUGGACGAGAGCGCACCAGAUAACGUGCUGGAGGUAACGGCCCGAGCAAUCACCUACUACCUGGACGUGUCAGCGGAGUGUACCCGAAGGAUUGUGGGGGUGGACGGAGCCAUCAAGGCGCUGUGUAACCGCUUGGUGGUGGUUGAGCUCAACAACAGGACAAGCAGAGACCUGGCUGAGCAGUGUGUGAAGGUGUUGGAGUUGAUCUGUACCAGAGAGUCUGGCGCUGUCUUCGAGGCCGGCGGUCUGAACUGUGUGCUAAGCUUCAUCAGAGACAGCGGCCACCUGGUCCACAAAGACACCCUCCACUCUGCCAUGGCGGUGGUGUCCCGCCUGUGCAGCAAGAUGGAGCCUCAAGACUCUUCUCUGGAGACUUGUGUUGAGUCUUUGUCUAGUCUCCUCAAACACGAGGAUCACCAGGUGUCAGACGGUGCUCUGCGCUGCUUCGCCUCACUGGCUGAUCGGUUUACACGCAGAGGAGUUGACCCCGCCCCUUUAGCUAAACACGGCCUGACAGAGGAGCUGCUGUCCCGUAUGGCAGCCGCCGGUGGCACCGUGUCAGGCUCUUCCUCGUCUUGUAAACCGGGUCGGCCUUCCACAGGCGCAACCCCCUCCGCUGCUGACUCCAAGCUGAGCAACCAGGUGUCCACCAUCGUCAGCCUGCUGUCCACGCUGUGCCGAGGGUCACCGGUGGUCACACACGACCUGCUGCGGUCAGCGCUACCAGACUCAAUGGAGUCUGCAUUGGGUGGAGAUGAGAGAUGCGUGCUUGAUACCAUGCGGCUGGUGGAUCUCCUGCUGGUGCUCCUGUUUGAGGGACGGAAGGCGUUGCCCAAGUCCACAGCAGGAUCAGCGGGCCGGAUCCCCGGGCUGCGGCGUCUGGACAGCUCUGGAGAGCGAUCCCACCGACAGCUCAUUGACUGUAUCCGCAGCAAGGACACCGAUGCUCUAAUCGAUGCCAUCGAUACUGGAGCCUUUGAAGUAAACUUCAUGGAUGAUGUUGGACAGACGCUGCUCAACUGGGCCUCAGCUUUCGGCACACAGGAAAUGGUGGAGUUCUUAUGCGAGAGGGGUGCGGAUGUCAACAGAGGUCAGAGGUCAUCCUCGCUACACUAUGCUGCAUGCUUCGGACGCCCACAGGUCGCCAAGACUUUGUUGCGGCACGGAGCCAACCCAGACCUGAGGGAUGAGGAUGGAAAGACCCCUCUGGACAAAGCCAGAGAGAGGGGACACAGUGAGGUGGUGGCUAUACUUCAGUCACCUGGAGACUGGAUGUGUCCAAUGAAUAAGGCGGAUGACAAAAGGAAGAAGGAUGCCAGUAAGGAGGAGGAAGAGGGUACUGAACCCAAAGGAGAUCCAGAAAUGGCUCCUUACUACCUUAAGAGACUUCUGCCUGUUUUUGCACAAACCUUUCAGCAAACCAUGCUGCCUUCUAUUAGGAAAGCAAGUCUGGCUCUGAUCCGCAAGAUGGUUCACUACAGCAGUGAAGUGCUGCUGAGGGAGGUGUGUGAGAGUGAGACCGGACAUAACCUGCCCACAGUCCUUGUGGAGAUCACUGCCACUGUCCUUGACCAGGAGGACGACGACGAUGGUCACCUCCUGGCUCUGCAGAUCAUCAGGGAUCUUGUGGAUAAAGGUGGAGAUGUUUUUCUCGACCAGCUUGCUCGACUGGGGGUCAUCAACAAGGUGUCAACGCUGGCUGGCCCCGCCUCAGAUGAUGAGAAUGAAGAUGAAGCAAAGCCUGAGAAGGAGGACGAGGUUCAGGAAGAUGCCAAGGAAGUGCAGCAGGGGAAGCCGUACCAUUGGAGGGACUGGUCCAUCAUUCGAGGCAGAGACUGCCUCUACAUUUGGUCCGAUGCUGCUGCCCUGGAACUCUCCAAUGGUUCCAAUGGCUGGUUCAGGUUUAUCUUGGAUGGGAAGCUGGCCACAAUGUACUCCAGUGGAAGCCCAGAGGGGGGUUCUGACAGCUCAGAGUCUCGAAGCGAGUUCCUGGAGAAGCUGCAGCGGGCGAGGAGUCAGGUGAAACCUGUCACAGCCAGUCAGCCCAUUCUCUCCGUUGUCGGCCCCACUAAGCUGACGGUUGGGAACUGGUCUCUGACUUGCCUAAAAGACGGAGAAAUCGCCAUCCAUAACUCAGACGGCCAGCAGGCCACUAUCCUGAAGGAGGACCUGCCUGGCUUUGUAUUUGAGUCCAACAGAGGAACCAAACACUCCUUCACUGCAGAGACAUCACUGGGCUCUGAGUUUGUUACCGGCUGGACGGGGAAGCGGGGCAGGAAGCUCAAAUCCAAACUAGAGAAGACCAAGCAGAAGGUGAAGAGCAUGGCCAGGGAGCUGUACGAUGACCACUUCAAAGCUGUGGAGAGCAUGCCAAGGGGGGUGGUGGUCACGCUGAGGAACAUCGCCACACAGCUGGAGUCAGCCUGGGAGCUGCACAUAAACAGACAGUGUCUUGAAGGCGAGAACACGUGGAGGGACCUGAUGAAAACCGCUUUGGAGAACCUGAUUGUGGUCUUGAAGGAUGAAAACACCAUUUCUCCAUAUGAGAUGUGUAGCAGUGGCCUCGUCCAGGCUCUGUUCACUGUUCUCAGUAACAGUGCAGAGCUGGACAUGAAACAUGAUUGUAAGCCUUUAAUGGAGAGGAUCAAUGUCUUUAAGGCGGCUUUCAGUGAGAAUGAAGAUAACGAAAGCCGACCAGCUGUUGCCUUAAUCAGAAAACUGAUAGCUGUCCUGGAGUCCAUUGAGCGCCUACCUCUUUACCUGUAUGACUCUCCAGGAUCCUCUUAUAACCUGCAGAUCUUGACGCGGCGGUUACGGUUCCGUCUGGAGCGAGCACCAGGGGAGACGGCUCUGAUCGACCGCACAGGCCGCAUGCUGAAGAUGGAACCGCUCGCCACGGUGGAGUCUCUGGAGCAAUAUCUUCUAAAGAUGGUGGCGAAGCAGUGGUAUGACUUUGAGCGCUCGUCAUUUGUUUUUGUGAGGAAGCUGAGGGAAGGCCAGACCUUCAUUUUCAGACAUCAACAUGACUUUGAUGAGAAUGGCAUCAUCUACUGGGUUGGAACCAACGCCAAGACGGCAUAUGAGUGGGUGAAUCCUGCAGCUUAUGGCCUGGUAGUGGUGACGUCCUCGGAGGGCCGUAACCUCCCUUAUGGGCGGCUGGAGGACAUCCUCAGCCGUGACAGCUCUGCUCUCAACUGCCACACUAACGAUGACAAGAACGCCUGGUUUGCUAUCGAUCUGGGCCUGUGGGUCAUUCCAUCAGCAUACACACUUAGGCAUGCCAGGGGUUACGGCCGCUCUGCUCUGCGAAACUGGGUUUUCCAGGUGUCAAAAGAUGGUCAGAACUGGUCAACUUUAUACACACACAUCGAUGAUGGCAGCCUCAAUGAACCGGGAUCUACGGCCACGUGGCCUCUGGACCCAUCUAAGGAUGAGAAGCAGGGCUGGAGACAUAUAAGAAUUAAGCAGAUGGGGAAGAAUGCCAGCGGUCAGACACACUACCUGUCUCUGUCUGGACUGGAGUUGUAUGGCACCGUCACAGCUGUUUGUGAAGACCAGCUAGGUAAAGCUGUGAAAGAGGCCGAGGCAAACCUUCGACGCCAGCGCAGACUUUUCCGUUCUCAGGUGAUGAAGUACAUCGUCCCCGGGGCGCGGGUCGUCCGUGGCAUUGACUGGAAGUGGCGUGAGCAGGAUGGAAAUCCCCCUGGAGAGGGCACUGUGACUGGAGAGGCACACAACGGCUGGAUUGAUGUAACCUGGGAUGCUAGCGGAUGCUCUAACUCUUACCGUAUGGGCGCUGAAGGGAAGUUUGACCUCAAGCUUGCUCCAGGGUAUGACCCUGAGUCGGCUGCCACAGCUCCAACACCCAAACCUGUCUCAUCCACUGUUUCAGGUCCCGCCUCAUCCACGGUGGGACCCUCUGUGACAUCAGCGGCCAUCGGCGGAACCACCACCACAUCAGCAUCAUUGUCCUCAACCUCGUCGUCUUCCCAGCAACCCUCUUGGACCAGCCUGGUGAAAAAUAACUGUCCUGAUAAAAGCGGGGCGAGCUCUUCCAGCAGGAAGGGAAGCAGCAGCUCUGUCUGCAGCGUUGCCUCGUCCUCUGAUAUCAGUUUGAGUUCCUCUGCUGGGAUGUCCAGCGGAGGGGGUAUGCAGCUGGAGAGGAGGGCAGAGGGCCUGCUCCUUGACCAGGGUGUGGGCUCCGGAGGAGUAACUGGAGGAGGGCUGGGCUGUGACGGACAUCAGCAGGAGCCCAUUGUUGUGCUGUCCUCUGAGGCUGGGUGUGGUUCUGGGUCUAGUUCUGGUACACUCACAGCGGACACAUCCGUGACUGGAGACGAACACCACUCGCCCACGACGGCAGCGAGCACUGACCCAGCAACAGCCAUCUCCAUGGGUCUGGUGAGCGUGAGCUCCCCGGACGUCAGCUCCGUGUCCGAGUCAUCCAGCAAGGAUACGCACUCUCAGAGGCCUCUGUGUUCAGCAGCUAACACGCGGCUGUCUGUCAGCUCCCUGCUGGCCGCCGGCGCCCCAAUGAGCUCCAGCGCCAGUGUUCCCAAUCUCUCAUCCCGGGAGGCCAGCCUCAUGGAGUCCUUUGUUCGCCGUGCGCCCAAUAUGUCCCGUACCAACGCCACCAACAACAUGAACCUGAGCCGCAGCAGCAGUGACAACAACACCAACACCUUGGGCCGCAACGUUAUGAGUGCUGCAACUUCUCCUCUCAUGGGCGCUCAGAGCUUUCCUAAUCUCACCACUACCGGUACCACCUCCACAGUUACCAUGUCAACUUCCAUAGUAACCAGCGGCAAUAAUGUAGCAACAGCCACAACGGGUCUGUCAGUUGGCCAGUUGCUAAGUAACACUCUGACAACCAGCCUGACGUCCACAUCCAGUGAAAGUGACACAGGACAGGAAGCUGAGUUCUCCCUCUAUGACUUCCUGGACAGCUGUCGGGCCAAUACGCUGCUGGCAGAGCUGGAUGAUGAGGAGGACCUCCCUGAGCCUGAUGACGACGACGAUGAAAACGAAGAUGACAAUCAGGAGGAUCAGGAGUAUGAGGAGGUCCUGGUGAGUAAAGAACCUGUUUGGUUUGUAGUGUUGUUUCCCCGCUAUGGGACACUAAGGGAAGGUUCUGUUUUUAAGUUUUUUUUUUUUGUUACUGCUGUGGCUUCUGCCAUGACGUCAGAUCAUGUAAUGAGUCUAAUUUCUGCGUUGCAGGAGGAGGAAGAAUAUGAGACAAAAGGAGGACGCAGGAGGACGUGGGACGAUGAUUUUGUCCUCAAAAGGCAAUUUUCUGCUUUGGUUCCUGCAUUUGACCCCCGACCAGGAAGAACUAAUGUCCAACAGACCACUGACCUAGAGAUCCCCUCCCCUGGAACCCCUCGAUCUGAGGCUCGGGAAGAAGUGGAGUGUGCUCCUUCUCCUCACCUUGCCCUUACGCUUAAGGUUCCUGGCUUGGGUACAACAAGAGAGGUUGAGCUUCCUCUCUCCAGUUACAGGCUGACCAUUUUCUACUACGUUCAGCGGCUUCUGCAGCUCUCCUGCAACGGCUCUGUGAAGACCGAUAAGCUUCGACGCAUCUGGGAGCCCACAUACACGAUCAUGUACAGAGAGCUGAAAGACUCAGAAAAAGAAAAGGACAGCGGCAAGACGGAGUUGUUUGAACACAGCACAGGGGUCGGGGGACGUUCCGGCGGUCUGAGUCCGAGCUCUCUGUUCGUCAGUCAGAGCAGUGAGAUCCUGGGUUGGGUCAGAGAGGCGGCCCAAGCUAAAGCUGGCUGCAGCCAGAACGCAUGUGGGAUGGAGGACGUCCUGCAGCUGCUGCGCAUCCUCUACAUCAUUGGAAGUGACUCUGUCUCUAACGCACGCACACUACAGGAGGAUGUUGAGGAGCUGCAGUUCAAUGCAUCACCACAGGAGUUCACCAGCAAGAAGAUCACCACCAAGGUCCUGCAGCAGAUUGAGGAGCCGUUGGCCGUUGCCAGCGGAGCUCUGCCUGACUGGUGUGAACAGCUCACUUCCAAAUGUCCCUUCCUGAUCCCCUUUGAGACCAGACAGCUGUAUUUCACCUGCACUGCUUUUGGAGCCUCCAGAGCCAUCGUUUGGCUCCAGAACCGACGGGAGGCAACUAUGGAGCGUUCGCGGCCGUCCACCACGGUGCGGCGGGACGACCCUGGAGAAUUCCGGGUGGGCCGGCUUAAACACGAGCGGGUCAAGGUCCCCCGAGGAGAUUCAAUGAUGGAAUGGGCGGAGUCAGUCAUGCAGGUCCACGCAGACAGGAAGUCUGUGCUAGAGGUGGAGUUCCAGGGUGAGGAGGGAACGGGUCUUGGUCCCACGCUGGAGUUUUAUGCUCUGGUGGCGGCAGAGUUUCAGAGAACAUCUCUGGGUAUCUGGCUGUGUGAUGACGACUUCCCCGAUGACGAGUCACGGCAGGUGGACCUGGGAGGUGGCCUGAAGCCCCCGGGUUUCUACGUGCAGCGUUCCUGCGGACUGUUCCCCGCUCCGUUUCCACAGGACAGCGAGGAACUGGAGCGCAUCACCAAACUCUUCCAUUUCCUGGGCAUUUUUCUGGCCAAGUGCAUCCAGGACAACCGACUGGUGGACCUGCCGGUCUCUCAGCCCUUCUUCAAGCUGCUCUGCAUGGGGGACAUUAAGUCGAACAUGAGCAAGCUGCUGUACCAGUCUCGCGGCUCGGCCCCGGGUCAAGGCCCCGAGCGGCCCCUGCUGCAGCCGUUGCUGUCAGAGGUGCAGUCAGAGGCGUCCACCGAAGAGAGCCAGGAGACUUACUCAGUGGGCAGCUUUGAUGAGGACUCAAAGUCAGAGUUCAUCAUGGACCCCCCUAAACGGAAACCCCCCGCCUGGUACCACGGCAUCCUGACCUGGGACGACUUCCAGCUUGUCAACCCGCACAGAGCACAUUUCCUGAAGGAGGUGAAAGAGCUGGCUGUGAAGAGGAGGCAGAUCUUGGCUAGCAAGAGUCUGUCGGAGGACGAGAAGAACACUAGACUGCAGGACUUGAUGCUGAGGAACCCGAUGGGCUCUGGACCUCCUCUUAGCAUCGAGGACCUCGGGUUGAACUUCCAGUUCUGUCCAUCAUCAAAGGUUCAUGGCUUUUCUGCAGUUGACCUCAAAUCAAACGGAGAUGACGAGAUGGUAACCGUGGAGAACGCAGAGGAGUACGUGGAAUUGAUGUUUGAUUUCUGUAUGCACACUGGGAUCCAGAAACAAAUGGAGGCCUUCAAAGAGGGCUUUAACCGAGUGUUCCCGAUGGAGAAGCUGAGCUCCUUCAGCCAUAAGGAAGUGCAGAUGGUCCUCUGUGGUAAUCAGUCGCCUUCUUGGAACGCUGAUGACAUCAUCAACUACACUGAACCAAAGCUGGGUUACACCAGAGACAGCCCCGGCUUCCAGCGCUUUGUUCGGGUUUUGUGUGGAAUGUCUUCUGAUGAGAGGAAGGCCUUCCUGCAGUUCACCACUGGCUGCUCCACCCUGCCCCCUGGUGGCCUCGCCAACCUACACCCACGCCUCACUGUAGUCAGGAAGGUGGAUGCAACGGACUCCAGUUAUCCUUCAGUAAAUACUUGCGUUCACUACCUGAAGCUCCCUGAAUAUUCAUCAGAAGAUAUCAUGAGGGAGCGAUUGUUAGCUGCCACUAUGGAGAAGGGCUUUCACCUGAACUGACCUCUGAGCAUCGCCCACCGUCACACUGAGCAUGCGCCGAAAUCAUCUGUCCGUGUUGCCAGAACAUCCAUGCGAGUGACUGACAGGCUGCCUGCUGCAGGAGGAGGCUCACACUGGAGGAUGCGGACUAAAAAAGCUCUCACAUCUUUCACGCUUCCCUCCUGACAACCACAUGAGCAUCCAGGGCUUCGUUUUCAGGCGGAAGGCUCCAGGCUGGUGUGUGUGUGUGUGUGUGUGUGUGUGUUUGCGUUGGCACACUGAUCUCCUCCUCCGGUCCGUUCAGUUCAGUGCCUGGUUUGACCGAGUUUCUUUUUAGUUCCUCCAUUAGAAAUUCAGGCUUGUUUCUCGUUUUCAUCCUUUUAGUUUUUCCGCCCUGACAUUCAGCUUGUGUGUGUGCAACAGUUCGCUUUGUUUCAGACCUCGUGAGGAGGUCAGAAUUCAGUUUUUGGUGUUUCCUCUCUGAUUAAGCUAAAGAGAAAAAAACACUGAUUGUGUAAGAUGCACAUCUAAAAAAAAAAACAACUCUGCUCCCUGUAUUUUCUUUGUAUAUUGUAAACAUUUAUUUAACUGAAGUACUGAAGUUGCAGUUUCAGGUAAACAAAUAUUUUCAAAUGUGUAUGCUCCAAAAAGAUAAUCAAUAAAUUGUUUGCAAAGUAUGAAUAAAAGGAUAUAGUUGUGUGGUU